AUGACUGUGAUUGAGAACACGUACCCAAACCCCAUAAAUGUGAUCCCCGGCGUACCCGUCAAACUGGCCCUACAGUCCGAUCCCUUGAAUCCGCUUAAAGUUGUGAGUAAUACCGGCGCCAACCGAUCGCUGAUAGACUCUACCCUUUCGCUGGAUUUGGUCGACGAAAACGAUUUCGCCAUUUAUGACAAUGUUUGCGAUCAAGAGUUGGACAGAAAUCCCAAAUAUUCCGGGACUUUAACCGCUUAUAUAAACAGAAACGACGACUCGAGAGGAGAAGUGCCCGAAUUGGACACAAAAGGCAGACAACGGCUGGAGUUUCCCAUUAGAAGAGGAAAAGUGUGUCUCAAAGAGUCGGAACUGCAGCUCAAAGAGAGGACUCGUGGUGUGAAUAACGGAAAGUAUUUGAUUGAACUCAAGGCCCGACUCAAUGGCUGUCAGACACGGAUUAAAUCGUUUUACAUAAACAUAAUGUUCUGCGACGACAGCCGACGCCAGGAA